AUGGACAAGCGCUUCCUCCGGCGAUUGGUCGUCGACACCACCGAAGCCACGAGCUUUGUGCUCGACAAGCGGUUUUUCGGCGACCGGACCACCGACAACAACACGUUUAACCCGACGAAAUCAAGCAGUUUCAGCCGAACUGGCGGCUUCACCACCAUCUACGACUUGCAAGGCCCUCACAAGGACUCGGUGGUGAGCGGAGAUCUUGGAAUAGACAACGUUCUUGUGGGAAGGUACACAAUUCGACCGGAAUUCGGGGUUGCCCAGGCGGCGGAGAGCUCGGAUUCGGCGUUGAAGGACUUUGACGGACAGUACGUCGCUGGCAGAAUCGGAUUCGCCAGGGGAGAUAACCCAUUGACCAACUUCCGGGUCCAGUUGCUCAACAGAUUCAAGACGUCGUCUAUCUGUCUGGCUGUUUUCCAGGACGGCAAAGGGUGAGUAAAAAGGGGGUUUUGGGAAUAUAAACUAAGUAUCGUUCCGUAGAGAAGAUACUGGCGGGUCGUCGCUAAGCCGUCGCAGAGCGAUGAUGGGCAAUUCCAAGGCAUGACGACCCGUCGUUAUUUUUCCGACAGACUGAUAGCCCACAAUGUCCAUGCACUUUAUCAAUAUACUAUCAGUCUGUCGGGAAAAUAAUGUUCACAGUGCCGCCAAUCGCGUCGCUGAAGUAAAGAAAAAACAAUUUGAUUUUGCCGCGACAAAAUUUAUUUUCUCGGGAGCAAUGCUAUUUUCGACACGGCAGAGUGCUCAUUAUUUUCCCAACAGAUUGAUAAAAUUCUAUCGCUUUCAGCAGUUUCACUCCAACCGUCUCGCUCGGAGCUCCCCGUAUUCCACCGGCCGACCUGAUCACCAGCUUCAAGGCGGACAACGACAAGGAUGGGCUCUGGAGAAUCCCGUUGAAUUCGAUUUCCAUCGGCAACUUCAGCGCCACCGUCAACGCCAGGGCCAUCUUUAGCAGCGCUUUGGACGAGAUUGUGGUGCCGUUCAACUUGUUGCCGCGAAUUGCCGCCGCCCUCAAGGCCAAAUACAACAAGAACAGCUCAUGUAUUGUUGUGGACUGCCAGAACGAGGUCCCGUUGAAGCUGAAUAUUAACGGCACAGAGAUUGUGAUCCCAGCCGAAGACUAUUCGAAAAAGGUUGAUGGAGUUUGCUACUUGAAGAUUACCCGGUUCAAUUCCCCAUAUUACAUUUUGGGAGCCAACAUCUUGACGAAGAGGGGAAUAUGCUUGGAUUUUGAGAAAGAGACCGUCACUCUGUACAAGGCGAAUCGUGGCGCGUUGGAGGGUACUAUUACUCUGUGA